UGCUUAAUUUGCUUCAUAUAAACCGAGGAACCUAAGGAAGAAACACAAGGUGCACGCCCGUUGUUCCAUGCCUAGCUAGUCGGAAAGUAGAGCCACAUCCGACUAGCGGGCUCUUGCUUGUUCGAUCUUUUCGUAAGAUCGAGACGCAUGCCAAACCGUCGACCAUCAAUCAUAUUUGCUAUAUAUAGAGAGAUUGCAGACAUCAUUUGUCCCUUGUCCAGGUAGUUAGUGGGGGAGUAGAACCGCGACUAACCAGCUGGUCCUUAGUUGUUCUUCUUUUCGCAAGAGACGCAUGCAUGCCAGACCAUUGACCAGACGCGGACAAACUUCAUCAUUUUUUGCUAUAUAUAGAGCGAGGAACACAGGGUGUGUUCCUCAAUCAUCGGUUGUCCCCUAUAUAUCCAACUAGCCAGCUAGGGAGCUGGAUGGCUAGCCCAUGGUUGUCCUUUCCGUAAGAGACGCAUGCCAGACCACCGACCAGCUAUCGCAAACAAUUUCACCAGACCUGCUAUAUCUUCUAAGGAAAGAAGCACGAGCUGUGUCCCUCAAUCGUCCCAUGUCCAGCUAGGGAUUGAGUCGCGGAGCAGAGCGUGAGCUUAGAGGAAUCAAUGACUCGUCGACCCCUCCAAGCUUUUUUCCAGCCCCAAAAAACAUUGUUGCAAGAGCUAUCCUUCCAUGUUGCAACAACCGAAAAAUCCAUGUCCCAAGAUCGUAGAUUUAAAAGGUGUGCUCGGAUUCUUCUUGUUGCACUAGUAUAAGACAGGGUCAGGGCAUGAAGGGGUAAGAUCUUUUUCAAGAGGAGAUCGGGCGGCCAGGAGGAGUGUCCAAUCGGCAGUCGCCAAUGGGCUGCUAUAAAUAAUCCCCUUCGUCUUCCCUUGCGUGUAAGAGCAGAGCAGAUCAAUCGGCUUCCUCCAACAAUCUCCCCCUCAGCUCCCGCCCCCAACCCUAGCAAGGUUGCAAAACCCCCCGAAUGGCGGAGCAGCAGGACCCGCCGGUCGUCGUCGACCGCGACGUCUGGCUGGCCUGCGCGACCCCGCUGUCCCGCCUCCCCGCCGUCGGCGCCCAGGUCUACUACUUCCCGCACGGCCACUCGGAGCAGUGCCCCACCGCGCUGGCGGCGCCGCUCCCGCACCCGCACCUCUUCCCCUGCACCGUCGCCGCCGUCGCCCUCUCCGCCGACCCGAGCACCGACGAGCCCUUCGCCACCAUCUCCCUCGUCCCCGGCCCGCACCGCGCCCUCGGCGGCGGAGCGCCCCACCACGCCGUCGACCCCGCCUUCGCCCACUACGCCAAGCAGCUCACCCAGAGCGACGCCAACAACGGCGGCGGCUUCUCCGUGCCCAGGUUCUGCGCCGACUCCGUCUUCCCCGGCCUCGACUUCGACGCUGACCCGCCAGUCCAGACGCUCAGGAUGCGGGAUCUGCUCGGCAAGCUCUGGGAGUUCCGCCACAUCUACCGCGGCACCCCGCGCCGCCACCUGCUCACCACCGGCUGGAGCCGGUUCGUCAACGCCAAGCUGCUCGUUGCGGGCGACGCCGUCGUCUUCAUGCGCCGCCCCGACGGCGAGCUCCUCGCCGGGGUGCGCCGCACGCCCAGGUACCCCGUCUCCCAGGACCCCGCGGAGCCGCCCCGCAACGCGAGGGCGCGCGUCCCGGCGCAGGAGGUCGAGGACGCGGCGCGGCGGGCGGCGCAGGGGGCGCCGUUCACGGUCACCUACUACCCGCGGCAGGGCGCCGGGGAGUUCGUCGUGCCGCGCAAGGAGGUGGAGGACGCGCUCAUCAGCCCCUGGGAGCCCGGGACGCAGGUGCGCAUGCAGUUCCUGCACCCCGAGGACCGCCGCUCCGAGUGGAUCAAUGGCGUCGUCAGGGCCGUCGACCAUUCCAUCUGGCGCAUGCUCGAGAUAGACUGGGAUGAAUCUGCGCCACCGUCAUUAAAGAACAGACAUGUUAAUGCUUGGCAAGUCCAACUUGUUGGGUGUCCUCCUCUUCUGAAGAGGCUUAGGAUUCCUGAAACCAUUGCACCUCUGAUCUCUGGAGAUGUCGCCAUGGCUGACCCGUUGGCGGGACCGGGAAGCCUAUACAUGCCGAUGCUAAUGGGGUCACCUAUUCCUGCUGGCAUGCAGGGAGCCAGGCAGGAUUUCCUUGCUGAUUUUCCGUCUUCAUCCACUAGAAUGCUUACAACUCAGCUACUGUUCCCGUCCGAUCAUCCAAUUCCACCGAGUCCUGGUGGUGGCUCCUCUGAGGUUUUGAAUCCUGAAAAUGGAUCACCACCUCAGUUUCCUGAAGAAAUUAGGACCAUACAGCUGUUUGGUACCACAAUCACAUCAGCUGUGCAAAUUACCAAUGGUUCUUCUGAAGAAGUGAACCAAGUUCCUGCUGCUGUGGUUGAUGGAACAGCUAAUGACGAUGCUUGGGAAACAAGCCCAGUUGACUUCACCCUUCUCAAUGGAAAUGAUGGCCACAACCAAAAUGGAAUCUAGGCAAAGGAGUCUGAGGUGGCAUUUUAGAGCAGUGUGCUUUUACAGAUGGUUGGAUCAGAAUUUUUGUUGCGAUUUGCUUCAACCCACAGCGGUCUCAUGGAUUGCGCCAUUCUGAUGCAUGCAAUUUAUCUGGAGUUUUAGUAGGCUGAGUGAUCCACCGACGGCAUCCUAGCUCACUAUCAGCUAGUUCUUAUCCAGAGAACUUUGGGGUUCUAUUCUCUGUGCCAGUUUUAUUUUUUCUAAUCUGCUCAUAGUCAGUUAUGUUAUGCUGAUGCUGGUGCUCUGCUUGUACUUGUAUUGGUCUGAUAAAUCCCUUCCUCUGUUGGUACUCUGUUGCUACUGAUACUAUAGCGAUAUUUCUUGAUGGAUCAUCUUUUAAUCAUGUUGUGGUAUCUC